CGCUGUUUGCUGGCACCAUGCAUUUCAAGUUCGUACUGCUGCAUAUACUAUCAUUAGGUUAGAACCUGGCAGCUUAGAGGUUAACAAAGAAUUACUCUGGCAAGACGCUCAUAUAAUAUGUAUUAUUAUGAGGCCCACGUCGAUUCUCAAUGGUUCUUCUCGUUCCCUCCUGGGAAAACAAAUUAUUUUGGCAUUUCGCUGCCGUCGUCAUUCUCAUCUAUUUAGAUAAGGGGAUAUUGGAUGUAGUUGACUUCAACCGCCUCACUUCUGAAGUGAUCUAUUGAGGUGCCGCAACAGAGAUUAUAGUCGAGAAUAUAUGGCGUAUUAAUUGGACCGAAAUAUCAACAGCUAGAAGCUGCGUAAUACGGUGCAGGAUAAUAACACCUAGAGUUUUAUGAAUUGCGUUCAGAUGACAUUUGAUAAAGAUGCAGGAUCAUAAUUUUACCGAUGAUGUAUUCGAUGAAAAUCAUGGAGCUUCUCCUCUUCGCUACAUAUUGGUCACCGUCUUCUAUAUACCUUGUAUGAUCAUAACUUUCAUCGGGAAUAUAUUCGUCCUAAUGGCAUAUGGAAGGGAUAGGAGAAUUCGAGAAAGCAUAACCCAUGCCUAUAUCCUCAACCUGGCUUUUGCAGAUCUCCUGGUUGGUAUCGUUUUGUUGAUCAACGCAGAAAUAUUUUACACAAGAACAUGGAGUUUGGGCGGUUGGAUGUGCAUUUUAGCGUGGGUCUUGGACUACUCUGCAACGACUGUCUCGAUGUUGACGAUCAUUGCUAUAAGCGUCGACAGGUGUCUUAUGGUACAGAACCCACUACGGCAUCGUUCAAGACAAACCUUCAAAAAGGUAGCCAUCAUUUGCAGUAUUCUGUGGAUAAUCUGCAUAGCUUCACAUGCAACCCUUGCCCUAACAUUCUCUUCCGGAACUGGCUUCCUCCACGACGAAGAAAGAAUCGCCUCCUGUGACCUUGGCUAUGGGAACAAUGUUGCCAUUAUCUCGGUGAUGUUCGUGAUAGGGUACUUACUGCCCGGCCUCAGCGUCUUUUGUCUCAAUCUGAAAGUCUACUCCAAACUAAAGAGACGCUCAAGUACCUUCCAGACUACGCUAACUCUUGACCCGCUGGGUUCCAGAGAACUGCCUAUAGGCGGUCGUCAACACCGCCGGACCAGCUCGGUUAGAUAUAAUGACAUGCGGAUACACAGGAGCAGCACAACAAGUCAAGCACAACAUCAAAAGUUCGCAAGGUUCCUGACACUUCUCCUGAUAGUCUUUGUGUUAUGUUGGUCUCCAUUCUACAUCUACCAUUGCUAUAUAUUUGUGACUUCAGCAGGAAACUACAGCGCAGUGGUAGAUAAUGUCGCCGCUCUUAUUCUUUGGUCGAAUUCCGCCAUCAAUCCAUUCCUUUAUGCUUUCACCAAUGUCUUAUUCAAGGAGAAUUUCAUGAAUUUUCUGAGAUGCAAGUAAGGUGAUUCUCAUAAGGAGCAAGUGAUUUUAUCCAGAUGAAUUAUUUUUAUUGUGGAAUCGAAGAAUUGAUUUUUAUUUGAUUUUAUUGUUUUCUUCUGCAUUUAUAUCAUUCGUAUAAUGCAUUUUUCCAUAACAUAAAAUAACUAAAUUUCAUUCGUAGAUUUGGAGAUAAGUUUUGACGUAGAAUACUGUAAUUAUGUUUUAAUGCAUUUGCUUUGUUAUGACUGUAUAUUGUCCUUCAUGAAUUUUUGUAAAUUGACCCUUCCAGCUUGUGCUGCUGGUUAUUUUUAUGUGCAUACCAAUAAAUAAAUAAAUAAAAUAUUGAAGAAGUGUUUUGGGCAUGAAUAAUAGAGAAAAUAUAGCUACAAGUACCAAAUUAUGACAAACAAACAUUAUUGCAGAUCAGGAGAAGGAUUUUCAUCAUAGAUUGCUUGAAAGAAAGCAAUGUGGAGCGUUGUGGCCCAGUGGAUAAGUCUUCUGACUUUGAAACAGAGGGUCGUAGGUUCGAAUC